CGCGCCGGCCGGAGGCUGCAGGGGAGGGGACGUGGGCGAGGGAGCCCACACUCGCCCGUCCAGCCCACCGGGCUCUGGAGUCCGCGGGGUCUCCGCCGCCGCCUGCCAGGCGACUCGAUGGCCUCGGAAGAUCUGGCGGGUGCGCUGGCGGCCGUGCUGGGGGGCCAGGGGCUGCGCGUACAGAAUUGUGACUCGGGGCCAGCCGGUGAGCCGCCCGCGCCCGUGCGGCUGCGGAAGAACGUCUGCUACGUGGUGCUGGCCGUGUUCCUCAACGAGCAGGAUGAGGUGCUACUGAUCCAGGAGGCCAAGAGGGAGUGCCGGGGGUCAUGGUACCUUCCUGCGGGGAGAAUGGAGCCUGGGGAGACCAUCGUGGAGGCACUGCAGCGGGAGGUGAAGGAGGAGGCUGGCCUGCACUGUGAGCCUGUGACACUGCUCUUGGUGGAAGAGCGGGGCCCCUCCUGGAUCCGCUUCGUGUUCCUUGCUCGCCCCACAGGUGGGAUUCUCAAGACUUCCAAGGAGGCAGAUGCUGAGUCCCUGCAGGCUGCCUGGUACCCACGGAUCUCCCUGCCCACUCCACUACGAGCCCAUGACAUUCUGCACCUGGUAGAGCUAGCUGCCCAGUACCGCCAGCAAGCCAGGCAUCCUCUCAUCCUGCCCCAAGAGCUUCCUUGCAGUGUGGUCUGCCAGCGGCUGGUGGCCACCUUUACUAAUGUACAGACAGUGUGGGUGUUGGUGGGCACAGUGGGGAUGCCUCAUUUGCCCAUCACUGCCUGUGGCUUUACCCCCAUGGAGCAGAGGGGUGGCAUCAAGGUGGCUGUCCUGCGGCUGCUACAGGAGUGUCUGACCCUGCACAAUUUGGCAGUGGAGACCAAGGGGCUGCUUGGAUUGCAGCACCUGGGCAAAGAACAUACAGAUGGCAUCUGCCUGAAUGUGCUGGUGACGGUGGCUUUUCGGAACCCAGGGAUCCAAGAUGAGCCCCCGAAGGUUCUGGGUGAGAACUAUUCUUGGUGGAAGGUGAUGGAGGGAGACCUACAAACCCAGCUCCUACAGAAGCUCCAGGAAUCUUCUGUUGUCCCACUAAAUAGAUAGGGAGGUGCCAGCAAGAGCUGGGCAAUAGGACUUCUCUAUCAGACUUUGCCUCCCUCCCUCCAAGGCAGGCAGGAGCUGGCAGUCUGAUUGCACAGAGAGCAGGGGCAGUUUUCCUGAUUCUCAGGGAAACUUUGUGGAACUGGCCACAGGCCCCUGCACUGCCCUAAAAGGGACAGUGCCUUUUAAGCAAGUCUAGAGUGCAAGCACCUAGUUGCCUCGAGGGUACACAGAUGCUUCUCCCUAAGUGGAUGAGGAGCACUCUGAUCCCCAAAUGGCAUCUCCUCCUCACUUUCUGUGCCCACCUUGGUAAAGGCCUGCAUGCUGAUUCUUUCAAGCAAUUACAACUUCAAGGAGGGUGUAGGGAGGCCUUUGAGGGAGGGCCUCUUGCCAAGUAAAUAGAUAUUGCUCA